UUUGUGCUUUUAUGCUUAACUUUUACUAAAGGAACUCUAGCGUUAACAAGCGAGUAUUCACAUCUGGACGGGCCUUAAUACGUCAAUACGAAUAUUUAUUGUAUGCAAGACGGAACGUUCGUGUAAUUUUGCGACAAUCGCGACUAGAUGUAAAGGUCUGAAAUCUUCGGACUUAAAGAAGAAAAAGAACACAUGAGUUGACGCAAAUUGACGUGAGUGAACGCCCUGCCAUCGCUGGAGAAUCCUUUGGACGUCAAGAAAGUGCACAGUUCUUUUUUUAGGGUUCUUGAACUUUGAACUGCGCUAUCAGAUCAUUCAAGAUUUUUCUAAGCACAGUGCCGCUGUCGCAAAAUCUUCGGAGAAAGACGUGAGAUCCGAGAACGAUGGCACCGGGACGGAGUAACAUUAUCAACAGUAAUCAGCUUAGAAAUUCUAGCUUUUCGUCCAGCAUGCCGGGACAAUCAUCCUUUCAAACUGGAGCUGGAGCCAUUCCACCUCCAUUGCCACCUCGCCAGCCAGCUCAAAGUUAUUUAGGAUAUAACGAUUAUAGACCAUAUGGCUCGAAUUAUGGCUAUGGCAAUUAUGGCAAUUAUGGAUAUGGAGGUUACAGAGGCUACGGUGGAUAUGGAUCUUUUGGUAGUUACAUUCCCUAUUCUGGUAACAGCUAUGGACAAAUUGGAGGACACAGUGGUGAUGUGGAGAACAGGUUUCAACAAUACGCAGAAGAGAGCACAAGAUCAACUUUUCGUGUAGUGGAGACCGUAUUACAUACAUUUUCGUCCAUCACAAUGUUACUGGAAUCAACAUAUUUCGCAUUGACAAAUUCCUUCCGUGCGAUUUUAAGCGUAGCAGAUAAUAUUGGUAGAUUGCGGUCAACAAUUGGCCAGUUAUUAAGCACAUUUGCUUUAAUCCGUGUGAUGAAAUGGAUCUACAAAAAGAUUUUAUUUACGCUUGGUCUUCAAACGCAAAAUGCUGUCGUCGAAGACUUGUGGCAGCAAUCAGUGUCACAAUUAACAAACGGAGAACAAACACCGAUAACAGCGACGAACGAAAGGAUUUCUCCUUGGAUGAAUAUUUUACUCCUCGGCGUGUUUGUCGCUAUUCCAUAUCUAAUUCACAAGAUAACAAGUAACAUAAGACAAAAUCAAAUAAAAGUUAACGAUCCGAAAGAAUGGGUGAAAUGCGAGGAUCCAAUAUGUGUGGCAACAGCAAUGUAUGAUUUCAUGGCAGUUUCUAAUGAAGAAUUGAGCCUGAGAACUGGUCAAAAAAUAUGGUUGGCGCCGCGCUCCCUGCAAUCUAAAAGUAUACCAGGUUGGUGGAUAGCCACCGAUAAUAGAAAUGUCGGUUUGGUACCUGCUAAUUAUGUAACUAUAGUCGGACAAUUGAAGAGAAAACCAGAAUCAGAAAGCAAUGGAAAUGUCAUUACAUCUACGGUAAUUCCAACUUCCAUGCAAAAUGCGAUCGCUUCGGACGAACAGGUGAAUACGGUAGAACCUAACAUUGGCCAACAAAAUACUGAUUUUUCUGAGAAUAAUAUUAAAGACGAUCUAUUUUAG